AUGCGGCGUCUCAUUAAAGACACGAGUGGUCUUAUGAUUGAUAUCUUAACACUUUGGUUGGCUGGCCUCUCCAUGUGCUCCUGCGCUGCCUGCGGCCACAUGCACCCGGCUCCAGCUGCCUGCGGCCACAUGCACCCGGCUCCAGCUGCCUGCGGCCACAUGCACCCGGCUCCAGCUGCCUGCGGCCACAUGCACCCGGCUCCAGCUGCCUGCGGCCACAUGCACCCGGCUCCAGCUGCCUGCGGCCACAUGCACCCGGCUCCAGCUGCCUGCGGCCACAUGCACCCGGCUCCAGCUGCCUGCGGCCACAUGCACCCGGCUCCAGCUGCCUGCGGCCACAUGCACCCGGCUCCAGCUGCCUGCGGCCACAUGCACCCGGCUCCAGCUGCCUGCGGCCACAUGCACCCGGCUCCAGCUGCCUGCGGCCACAUGCACCCGGCUCCAGCUGCCUGCGGCCACAUGCACCCGGCUCCAGCUGCCUGCGGCCACAUGCACCCGGCUCCAGCUGCCUGCGGCCACAUGCACCCGGCUCCAGCUGCCUGCGGCCACAUGCACCCGGCUCCAGCUGCCUGCGGCCACAUGCACCCGGCUCCAGCUGCCUGCGGCCACAUGCAUCCGGCUCCAGCUGCCUGCGGCCACAUGCACCCGGCUCCAGCUGCCUGCGGCCACAUGCACCCGGCUCCAGCUGCCUGCGGCCACAUGCACCCGGCUCCAGCUGCCUGCGGCCACAUGCACCCGGCUCCAGCUGCCUGCGGCCACAUGCACCCGGCUCCAGCUGCCUGCGGCCACAUGCACCCGGCUCCAGCUGCCUGCGGCCACACCCGGCUCAAGCUGCCUGCGGCCACAUGCACCUGGCUCCAGCUGCCUGCGGCCACAUGCACCUGGCUCCAGCUGCCUGCGGCCACAUGCACCUGGCUCCAGCUGCCUGCGGCCACAUGCACCUGGCUCCAGCUGCCUGCGGCCACACCUGGCUCCAGCUGCCUGCGGCCACACCUGGCUCCAGCUGCCUGCGGCCACUGCCCGUAA